AUGGAUAGCCAGGAGGACACAGAACUUGGUGAGCAAUUCACAAAAAUCAAAGCUUCCACAAGAGUCCAGAACAAAGCCAGAGAAGAGUACAGUGUUUCCCAGGAGAAAAUAGGGAGCUGUGAUUAUGGCAAGGAGGAGGCCGAAGUCCUAUGCCCUGUCUCAUUUGAUAGACUGCUGGAAGGAGGAGUAGAUAGCCAGCUGUCCCCAUCUUCAGGAGAGGGAGGAAAUCGCCUCAUUUUGCUGAAGACAGUGCAUUUGAAAAUAGAGGAAGAUGAUUUUGAGGGGGUUUGCCCUUAUCAGCAGGGUGAGCUGCAUGCCUUGAUGCAAAGAGAGGCAAACAUCUUGCAACCUUUGGAGGUGGUGCCACAGAGCGUAGGUGUGGAAGACGAAGGCUUGACAAUAAGUUUACCAGAAGGUUUUUAUACAAUCCAUGAAAUGGAAGUGAUGCACAUCAAAGGUCUGAAAGAAGCGCAACCGUUAAAUAAUGAAGACAGAAGGUCAACUGAGAAGGCGCCGGACGUCCUUGGGAUUGAGAUUGAUAGAAGUAAAGAUAUAAUUGCAGAUGAUGGCAAGGACCAGCAGCUUUUGGGAGCUGAAGAAGACAGAAUCAGCCAUUCCCUGGUGGUUGAGGCAGCAAAGUUUCUCAGCAGCAGAAUGAAAGGAGAUGCCUUCCUGUUCCACAGUUCUACAAUUGAAGGCCAAAGCAACGUGGGUACAUCACAUACUGUCGUAACAAGCACUGACGCUACUUCAAAAGCCCAUGAGAACAUAGUCCAGAGGAAAGAAGGGGAUAUGCUGCAACAUUGCAAUUUGUGCAGAUUCACCUCUUUCAGCGUGUCAAGCCUAAAUCGUCAUGUAAAAAAACACUUGGAGGAAAAGCCCCACGUAUGCCACAUAUGCCUUAAGUCUUUCCGGACCGUCUCCCUCUUGCGCAACCAUGUGAACACACAUACAGGGACCAAGCCUUACAAGUGCAGUGAAUGCGAUAUGGCCUUUGUGACUAGUGGUGAGCUUUCACGGCAUCGGCGGUACAAGCAUACUCUUGAGAAGCCCUUUAAGUGCUCAUUCUGUAACUAUUGUAGUGUGGAGGCCAGCAAAUUGAAGCGCCACAUUCGCUCACAUACAGGAGAGCGCCCGUACAACUGUACUCUCUGUACCUAUGCUAGCAGGGACACCUAUAAGCUGAAAAGACAUAUGGUAACUCACUCAGGUGAAAAACCCUUUGAGUGUCUGAUUUGUAAGGCCAGGUUCACUCAGGCAGGAACUCUGAAGUUUCAUAUGUUGCACAAACAUGGGAAAAAUGUGCCAAAAUACCAGUGUCCACACUGCAACACAUCUGUCGCCAGAAAGGGUGAUUUAAGUAUCCACCUGCGAAACCUGCAUUCCUAUAUUGAAGUGCCAUUGAAAUGUAAUUACUGUGAAGGCGCCUUCCAUGAACGCUAUGCUUUCAGACAGCACAAGAAGACACACACAAAUGAAAAGAGAUUCAAAUGCGAUCAGUGCAAUUAUGCAUGCAAGCAGGAACGCCAUAUGAUUAUGCACAAGCGGACACACACAGGCGAGAAACCCUUUGUUUGCAUGUCUUGCAGCAAACGUUUUCGUCAGAAACAGCUUCUGACAGUUCACUUCAAGAAAUACCAUGACUCCAGUUUUCAGCCAAGAGUCUAUGAAUGUCCAAAAUGCAGCAAGGGCUAUUCACGCUGGAAUAAUAUGCGUAAGCAUGCCGAAAACUGUGGAGAGUUGAGGACUGUUCAGCCCAGAAAGGGAAGCAAGAGCAAAAAGAAAGAAAACAACGGCUUGACCCAUGACACUAAAGGAGAAGUGGCUGCGUGUGUGACCUCUCCGUUCUGUGCUUCCCACAGUGUUCCUGUUGGGACAUGGGAGAAAAAACAAGUUAUUUUGGAUGAUGAGAAAACAGGGAAUACUUGUGAGAUGAUCUUCAACUUGAUGGACAAAUGA